AUGAAUGUCACGCGGGGUUUGCUGACGGUUUUGAGCCUGGUGUGCCACACCGAGUCCAGAUGCUCUCCGACGUCUUAUUACAAGAACUGCUGGAUUCGUAGGUUUCCAGGGAUUUACAUCGACAUCGAGGAGUCCCAGCGGAGAGGAGCGCAGCUUCUCAGGUUCUACCAGGAGGAGAGCGCGCUGAAAUGCAGCCGCACCUGCUGCCUCACGAGGAACUUUUCCUGUAAUCUGGCCGUAUUCCACUAUGAUACCACGCAAGAGAACUGCUUCCACCUGCACUGUCCAACACUGGAGAGCUGUAUUCUGAGCCACAGAGGCAACGUUGUUCUCUAUAAUAUCACAAAGGGCGUGGAUCCUGACCUGUUGGUGUUUGGAAAAUACUUCACCUCCAAUGUACGCCUGUUACCCCACCACUACAGCCGAGGCAACGCCUCAGAGCCGCUGCCCUCGGACAAACGCCAGUUCUAUCACCCCCCUCCGCCCGCUGCACCGCCUCUGACUUCAGCACUCACAGUUAAACCCUCCACCACAGCAAGCAUCCCCACCACCUCCACCUCCACCUCCACCUCCACCGCUGUCACCACUACGCAGCAGAGCACCAGUCAGCCUUCAACACUUCCCUCAACUACAGCUCCCUUAUCUUCCACUCCAGAGACUCUUCUAGCUUCUAGGAGCCACGCGCAAACAACAACCCCCACCACCUCCACCACUUCUCUUGCACCCAUCUUUACCAUGCCUCCUUCAUCCAGCACAGCAUCCACCCUCAGCUCUUACAAUCCCAAAACAAUCCUUGCUUCUUCUACCACCACUGCACAGCCGUCCACUUCCACGACCCAUCGUUACACCACCACCUCCCCUCAGCUGGCCACCAGCCCUCCACCUUCCACAGCCCUUAUGGUCAGUGUAGAGAGCAGUAAGCAAUACCCCAAUGCCACCAAGGGCAGCCUGGGGAGGAACCACACUGCAGGCGGUGAUGAAGGCCAAGGUGCCAGCGGAGAGGACACCUUCGGGGGUUUGGGACCCGACUGGCACGUAGCCGCCCACACCUUGCUGGUUGCGGUGGCCAUCUGUAUCACAGUGCUGCUGAGCUGCUGCUGCUCCGUUCUGCUGGUCGUGAGCUGGAGGGGUCAGAGGAAGAGGAUGGGGCGCUACCGAACAUCGUGGAGAGGGAAAAGAGGCUCCAUGCGUCUGGUAAAAUACGUGCUGGUCAGAGAAAACUCCUGA